UCCGCGAGCGGCGCUGUCGUGUUGCGGCAGCCUGCAGGCUCUCUUGCUGGGCACGCGGCAGAGGCGGUCGCCUGGCUCUCCUCACGCGCCCGGGUGCGAUGGCCCAGGCCAAGAUCAGCAGCAGCCUGAAGGGUGGCGGCAGCGGCGGCCAAGCAGCCGAGCAAGCGGGCGGCGGGCAGGUCCGAGGCCGCUUUUUCCGCUCCACUUCCAUGGCGGACCGUUCCAGCCGCCUGCUGGAGAGCCUGGACCAGCUGGAGCUGAGGGUUGAAGCCUUGCGGGAUGCAGCAUCAUCAAUGGAACAAGAAAAAGAAAUUCUUCUGGAAAUGAUCCAUAAUAUACAAAACAGCCAAGAUAUGAGGAACAUUAGUGAAGGUGAAAGAGAAGAGCUCAAUCUGACUGCCAGACGUCUGAUGGGCAGAACCCUUACGGUUGAGGUUUCGGUAGAAACCAUCCGAAAUCCCCAGCAGCAGGAAUCGCUAUUUCAUGCUACGCAGAUGAUUGAUGAAAUAGUCAGUAAACUCGUAGAUGACUUAGAAGACUCCAAGAGCCGCUUAAUGUCACUGUAUGGAGCAUGUACUUCUGAGGUACCAUCUGGACCCGUUGAUCAGAAAUUCCAGUCAGUUGUAAUUGGAUGUGCUAUAGAAGAUCAGAAGAAAAUCAAGAGACGGUUAGAGACUCUACUAAGGAAUAUAGAAAACUCUGAAAAAUCCAUCAUGCUCUUAGAGCAUCAAAAGGCAACUACUAGACAACUGUGUAACAAUGGGACAGAUUAAAAGCUAUUCCAAUUUCCACAAAGCGCACAAAAGCAAAGGAAUGCUGCUCUUAAAAUCCUAAUUCAUAGGGCUACUUAAUGCAUAGCUGAUACUGAAACCUGCAGGAACCGAGAACUUCUCCUUGGCUGUCUAGAACUCAUAGAAGCAUAGCUGGAAGAAGAAAAUUCUAUAAACUACCCUUACCUUAUUGUGGGAGUUAAAUACUCCUGCCUCCAUUGGACUUAAGGUAAAGACCAGUUAAUGUUUACCCCUGCAGAACAUUUACCCUAUGGCAGCUAUAAGGUAAAGCAACUGCGGGAACCAUACUAGUAUCAUUCAGCAGUUUUUAUUCCAUGGCUUUGGUUCCUCAUACAGGAAUUUCCCGGGUAGCUCAUCACUCUUGUUGGGGGAAACGUACUGAGGCCACUGGAAACGUUUAAUAGGUAGCUGUGACCUUAUAUAAUACAGUGGCAAUGACACAGGCACUUUUUGUCUUCUUAGGGAUUAGCUUUCUCAUAACUUAUGUGAAGUUUGUUCAUAGGGUAGUAGUAAUUUUAAUAUUCAUAAAAUCACAUAUUCCUGCUGAACUUGAAGGUGAUCAGCACCCACUUUUUUGCCCUUUUUUACUUCUCUGUAAAGUUUCAAUCUCAUUAAUCAUGUGCAAAAAAUUCAUCUAGCACAUUUUUCCAUCUUUGAUGAAUGAACCUGCUGCAACAGGUAUGAAGAAAAAAGUUGAUAUGUGUAUAUAUAUACACAUUGAUUGUAGUUCUACAAAUAAAGAGAUUGGGCUUUGCACUGUAA